AUGCCACGUCCCAAAGUUCGUGCUCAAGAUCGUAGACGCGCUGUGAUAGCCUGCGUGCCCUGCCAGAAUAGCAAGAAGAGAUGCGACUCGCAAACUCCGUGCGCGAAUUGCCGCCGGCGGGACUACGUUCCUUAUUGCAUCUACGAUCCAGAGGCUGCUCGGCCGCGACGUAUAAGCAGCAAAGCACAACGUCGAGCCACAAGCAGACAAGACGACAUCACGUCUAACAGCAACGAUGAUACCGCCAGCUUGGACUUAAUCGUUUGUUCUACUAUAGCCUCGUCUGUCAAUGGGAGCGAUACGCAUGAGCGGAUACAGGCACCACAGACUCCAGAGUCUACAGCUGGAGAACAAUCCAACGAAACCCCCGGAACUAUCUCAUCACCUUGCAUGUCAAACGGCGGCAGUCAAGACAAGGGCUCAGAUGGCGAGAACUUAUCCAUGAGCGAUUCUGCAUCUCUCUCUUUCCUCGACUUCCUACGUCACAUGUUCCUCUGCUACAUGGGGCCAUCCCCGUUCACCGACAAGGAACGGGCCAAAGCUAUGUUGGAGUCGGCAUAUCCCCAAGCCUCAUAUGAUGUCGCCGAGGACAGCCCAGAUAGUCAGCUUACACUGGAAGAAAAGCGAGACUAUAUCCAUAGGUUUCUAGUAGCGACAACAGGAAUUGUAUACGUUUACUCCCCUAAGCAAUUAUUUGAGCUGCUCGAAGAGACUGAACAAGGCAGGGGGGACUCCAGCGCCUCUGGCUCACCACAGUGUUGUCAAAAAGGUGCCAUCAUCGACUUGGCUAUUGCCGUCGGCGGGCAAGGUUGUAGAACGAGUCCCAAGACUCUCUAUCAUGCUCAGAAGCAUUUUGACCGUGGACAGAAGGUAGCCUUUGAGGGUAUGCUGCUUAACCCUACAGGCGAACUAGUCGCCAUCUUCCUGCUCAUGAGUAUCUACAUGGCUUCAGGUAUGGAAAAGUCUGCGUAUCUUGGAUAUCGGAUUCGGAGCAAUCCUAGCCCAAACCCCAGCGUCUUCACCAAGACGUGGAAUAAGUGUCCCAUCAUUCUCGGUCCCAGACGGACCAGAACCCUGUACGCCAGAAUUCACAUCCAUGUCAGCGUGUUACGGAGUAUGCGUUAUACUCGAACAGAUCACAUAUCUCCUCAACAACAAGCAGGACACGAGCUUGACAUCGACUAA